AUGGCUGCUGGUUGUUGUGGGGCGAAGAAAGAGAAACAAACUUAUCAUUUCCAUCCUUGUUGCAACGGAACAAUAGUUCAUCCUUACACAUGUCAACCGAGCAUAUAUCGCAAUGGAAUGGUUGUAUGUGUGGAAAUGUGUUUUUUUUGCUUUGAUGUUUUAUACUGCCAUUUAAACCAAUAUGAGUCCCCCAAGACUCCCAACUUCCCCAAUGAGAGCUAUCCAUUAUUUGUGACAUGGAAGAUUGGAAAAGACCGUAAGCUGAGAGGCUGUAUUGGAACCUUUAAUUCAAUGAAUCUUGCUGCUGGAUUGAGAGAAUAUGCUGUCACUAGUGCUUUCCGUGAUAGCCGCUUCAGUCCCAUAACGAGGGAAGAAUUUCCAAAGCUCCAUGUUUCAGUUUCAAUUCUUCGCCAUUUUGAAGAUGGACAGGAUUAUCUUGAUUGGCAGAUUGGUAUGCAUGGCAUCCGAAUUGAAUUCAACACUGAAAAGGGUUACAAGCGUACUGCCACAUACCUUCCUGAAGUUGCUCCAGAACAAGGAUGGGACCAUAUACAAACCAUUGAUUCCUUGCUCAGAAAAGGUGGAUUCAAAGGUGUAAUCACAAACGACGUUCGCAAAUCCAUCCGCCUGACUCGUUACCAAAGUGAGAAAAUAACGGUCAGCUACAACGAGUACAAGAAUUCAUGGCGUUCUCGACGCUGCUAGCAACAAGCUCACGCUAGCUUCCCCAUGCCAGCUAGCGUGAGCCAAUGUGCAAUGAC